AUGAGAGCCGAACGAAUCGCGGCAGGGCUCCAGUCAGGGUGGGCCGCCUUUAGCAGAGCAGCCAGGCCGCUUACGUGUGGGCACGACAUGGACGUGCCAGUGAUUAUGUUGAAUUGGACUUUGCGUUUGUCGAUACCUACUAACGAGGGACCCAAUGCAGGGCCCCAUCCGGCUAGGAUGUUCACCCCGGGUGCAAUGAGGUCCGGUUUUAGGAUUUCGGGGGUGAUAGGGUUGGGUCCCCUAGAGCUGAAGGCUGGGACCAUCGGGGAAGGCUUCACGCCCACCGUAUCCUUCCCGCUAAACAUAAUACUGGCCUUGGCAUUAGAUCUAUGGGACUGCAAAUACCUUUUUAUCUCACGCCCUGCCUUUUUGCCCACCCUUGUGCCCGGAGACAUCGUACACGAGACCACCGGACAGUGGCUUGCGGCGGCUGUAGAGUGA